AUGUCUGAGGGAGCUUAUCAGCGCCUCUGGGACUCCUCCCACUUAAUCCUUCAAGAGCUGCUGGACCAAGAGCAGCCCCUGCUCCAGCCCGUGCCUGAGCAGGAGCGGCAGUCUUUCCAGUACAGGCUCUCCUCGCUCUACCUGUACUACCUGGGGCUGCUGCGCCGGUUCGACACCCUCUAUGACCAGAUGGUGCAGCCGCAGAAGCGACGGCUGCUGCGGCGCCUGCUGGACGGCGUGGCGGGCCGUGUGCUGGAGCUCAAAGACGAUCUGGUGCGCGCCGACCUGUGCGAGACCCACUGCCUGGACCAAGUGCUGCAGGACCUCACGCUCACCCCGGCAGACCUGGAGGUUCCAAUUCCCAAAUACUUCCUGCUGGAGCAGUCCAGUGCUCUGAGAGAUCAAGAGCACAUGCUGGCAGAGAUCCUUUCCAGACUGGAGCCAGUGUACUCCAAGGGGAGGUUUCCAGUAUUACACCGGACUGAGGCCAUAAUUCUACUGCAAAGUGCUGAGCGGGCCAGGCAAGGCAGGCUUCGAGCCACCUUCAUGCGAGAGAUUCGGAAAGAAGAGGAGAGAGAUCGGAAGAUCCAGGAGGAAGGGCAGAACCAGUUCAAUGAGGACGAAGCAGCUGUCACCGUACAAAAGGUGUGGAAAGGUUACCUGCAGAGGAAACGCACUCGGCAGGACCGGCGAACAGAGAUGGAGUUCAUCGGCAUGCUGCCCUCGCCCAACCAGGUGGAGCACCUGGGCAUCAUGUCCCAGGCCAGCCUUGGGGAGGAGGUCCGGAGACUCCGCCAGCUGGAGAAGGAGGAGGAGUUCCAGCUGGCGAUGGUGAAGACCUACGAUUCCCUCAGAGAGACGGAGGGGCCCUACAUAAAGGAGAAAAUGAUGGAGCAAAUUCGACAGUGGUUUAUCGAGUGCCAUGCCCUUACUGGCCGAUUCCCUGAUUAUCCAGAUGAAUCUUCAGGUGGAUCCUACCUGAUCUUUGCAGACAAGACUCCAGAACAGGUGAAAAUGGAACUGGAGGUGCAGGUCCAGGAGAGCAAAAAGAAGGACCAAGAGAAAAGUAAGGGAAAAGAAAAGGGGAAAAAAGAAAAAAAGAAGAAGAAAGGGAAGGAGGCAAAAGCCAGGAAGAGGGAAGCAGAUACCACACUGAAAGUGUCACCAUCCAAGUCCAUCCCCGUGAUUAACGCCGGGCACGAGGAAUACACAAAUCUGUGGAAGAACAGGUAUGAGAGCCUCCAUCCCAACCAGAGUUUUGACUCUGAGACCCUCCAGGUGGAGAAGAGGAAGGAAGUGGAGCAGGAGAUCCGGAUACAGGUGGAUGAGCUGAUGCGUCAGGAGCUGAAGAACCUGCGACUGGCCGUGGACAGGGAGGAGGGGAGACCCUCAAAGGCUCCAAAGAAAAAGGCGGGGAAGAAAACUGGAAAGAAAAAGGAAAAAGAUCUGACCUCAGACAGGUCGAUGGACUCUCUGUUUGAAGAGCUCAUCGGCUUCGGCGUGCUGAAGAAGAGCGAGACAGUGGCGCUGAAGGACUAUGUUGGUGACUGCCUGUAUCUUGGAUCUGCUCUGAAUUUGGCAAACAAGUUGCCUAUGCCUUCCUUGUUUGACGUACGACAGAACGUGGCCUUGUAUGGGGUUCUUCGGCUUGGCUCCCCAGAUAUACACUCCAUGGCACCCCUCAUCCGCUCCAUCCUCCUGGUGGGCCCCUCGGGCGUGGGGAAGAGGAUGCUGGUGAAGGCCGUGUGCACGGAAACCGGUGCCAACCUUUUCGACCUGUCACCUGAAAACCUGCAGGGCAAAUACCCUGGCAAGACCGGGGUGCAGAUGCUGGUGCACAUAGUCUUUAAGGUGGCUCGAUACCUACAGCCCUCUGUGAUCUGGAUUGGGAAUGCUGAGAAGAAUUUCUACAAGCGGGUCCCAAAAGAAGACAAGGAGAUGGACCCAAAGCGAAUAAAGAAGGACCUCACCAAGGCCCUGCGACAGCUGAAUCCCGGAGACCGUGUGAUGCUGAUAGGGACCACCGACCAGCCGCAAGUGGCAGAGAUGAAGGGGCUGUGCCGCACCUACGAGCGGGUCCUCUUGGUGCCGCGGCCCGAUUAUGCGUCUCGCUAUGUGCUCUGGAAGCACAUGAUAGAGGCCCGGGGAGGACAGAUGACCCAGAAACUGGACAUCAGUGCCCUGGCCAAAGUGUCUGAUGGCUACACACCUGGCUGUAUCCUCCAAGCCGUCCACGCAGCGCUGACCGAGCAGCGGCUCUUACGAUUGUCCAAGCGGCCCCUGGUGGCCUCAGAGUUCCUGGGGCAUCUGGCGAAGCUGGAGCCAGUGCACAGGGAGGAGGAGGAGUCCCUGAAGGAUUGGUACUUCAAGACCCCACUGGGCAAGAGGAGAAUGGAACUUAGCAAGGACCAGGACGCUGCUGAGCAAGCCAAGCUGGCAAAGGAGAAGAAGAAGAGGAAGUGAUGCUGAGGCCGGGGUGUCUGAGAUUAGCGGUGGGACUGGGCGGAGCCCCACGGGCUAAGGGACCGGAUGUGGAGGGGGCGGAGGUAUAAAUGACCAGACACUCGGGGACCUGCUCUUUUUGUCCAUCUCUGUGCUUCCCCUCCCAGGUGCCCAGCCUCCACCUUGCCCCACCGUCUCCAGGCCCACACCCUCGCUGCUCACAGCCGGCUCCACUCUGGUCCCAGAGCCCUGUCCUCUGACCCCACCCGUGUCUGCAUCUCCUGUCAUUUUUCUGUCCUGCCUCCCCAGCUCUCUUCCUCCUCCAUGUAUUUAAGGGAGAAAAAUAAGGAAAGAAGGAGAAAGGGAAAGCAGAGAGAGGGGAGAAAGGUCUAUAUUAAGUGUAAAAAAAAAAACAGUCUGAAGGCCAGCGGACCCCGGUUCUAGCCCCACUUGGCCCGAAACUCUUGUGUGGUUUCCCACAAUCCUUUCCUGUCUCUGGGCCUCAGUUUCUUUCCCUGUGAAAUGAGGAGAGGUUGGAUCAGCCUGUACCCAUGGUCCCUUCAAUUCUAGGGUUUGGUUAUUUCUACAGGAGCGUCUGGAAAGUCAGGGAGGUGAGGGCUCUGGGCAGCAGCGGAGUGGGGUGGGGAGAGAAGGUUCUAGAGAAGAAGGCUGUAGGGAAAGGGAGGUACUGGUGGCCAGAGCAAAGGGCUGUGUGUGGGCCCAGGGCACUCUCUGAGACAUCUCCACCACUUUUCUCCGGGAACCACCCCGCCCACCCCCAUCUGCCCAAGCUCUGCCCGCCUUCCUCUGACCCAGAGCAUGUCCUUCAAGGGGCUGAAGGGGACAUAGCCUUCUGCCCUGGGCCGAAGUCCAACUGCAGGCUCCCCUUGCUGUGGGGGCUGGAGUCGAGGAACUCAGGGAGCAGGGUAUAACCCUGCCACCGUGAGGGGAGCCCCAGGGUUCCCUCCGAAGGAGCCGUGUAAGGAGUGUGGGAAUAAAGGUCAAAGCGUG